GAAGACACUUUCCAGGGUGAUUAGAGUCAAAUCAUCUACUUUUCACUGGACCAACUGGGAUGCAGGUUGGGGAUGGACUGGUUCCCUUGGAAAUGGACUCCCAUUGUUCAUCUGCUGAGAGGAAAGCAAAGUGACGCAGGACUCAAAUUGUUUCCACCUGAGCGUCUGAAUAACCUUUAAUGUCCCUGGGGUUCGCCUUGGUGUCUGCGAGCUCUUACAGCUGAAUCACAGAGAUGUCGACCAAGCCGUCCCGCGGAGAGCUCACAGACUCUGAUUCAGAGAACCCAUCAGAGGAGCUGACAGAGGUGGUUUGUCUGGAGUCAGACCUGCAGGAUGGACAGAUGAUGGAAGUUGAAGUCGGACAUCACGGUGUGCUGCUGACGCGCAGUGGGGGUAAAUACAGCGCCAUUGGGAACCAGUGUACACACUACGGCGCUCCACUUAGCAAAGGUUUUAUUUCGGGGAACAGAGUGCGCUGCCCGUGGCACGGCUCCUGUUUCAAUGUCCACACAGGCGAUCUCGAGGAAUACCCCGGCAUCGACUGUCUACCUUGCCACAAAGUCCAUAUUCAAAACAGCAAAGUGUAUGUGUCCAUAAAUAAAAAGACUCUCAGGCAGGAGAAAAGGAUAAAGCGUAUGGGCACUGCAGUCCCAGGAGUUACUCACACUGUUCUGCUGCUGGGAGGAGGAGCCGCUUCACUCAGUUGUGCUGAGACGCUGCGGCAGGAAAACUUUGGUGGCAGGAUCAUCAUGGUGACCAGAGAAGACCUCCUACCUUACGACAAAACACGUCUGAGCAAGGUGAUGAACGUGGAGAGCGACAGCAUCCUGAUGAGGAGGAUGGAGUUUUUCCAUCAGUAUGACAUAGAGGUGUGGCUCAGGAAAGAAGCGCUUUCCGUGGACACAGACAAGAAGACGGUCACAUUUGAUGAUGGUUCAGUCCAGAGCUACGACCAACUCCUCAUUUCAACUGGCUGCAGAGCAAAGGGUCUGGAUGUUCCUGGCAUGAACUUGGGGAAUAUCAAGAUGUUGGAGACGCCAGAGGACGCCCGGCAAAUCCACGCAGCCUGUACGGGCUCCGAUGUUGUCCUCGUGGGAACCUCAUUUGUUGGCAUGGAGGUGGCAUCUUACUUGACAGACAAAGCCUCCAGUAUCACAGUGAUAGGCAGCAGUGAAAUGCCGUACCAAAAUACAUUAGGUCCUGAAAUCGGCAAACUCACCAUGACGAUGCUGAUUGAGAGAAAUGUGAAAUUCUACAUGAAUGAUAGCGUGACAGAGAUCCGAGGUGUGAAUGGCAAGGUGAAGGAGGUUGUGCUGAAAAGUGGAAAAGUUAUCCCAGCUGAAGUUUUGAUUGUAGGUAUUGGCACCAUGCCGAACUCAGAGUACCUAAAGGACAGUAAAAUACAGAUGACCUCAAAAAACUUUGUAAAGGUCGACAAGUACAUGCACACCAAUGUCCCCGAUGUCUUCUGUGGUGGUGAUCUGGCCAUGUUCCCACUGGCCAUUGCUAAAAACAGGAUGAUUAACAUUGGACACUGGCAGAUGGCACAAGCACAGGGGAGAAUAGUAGCUCUGAACAUGCUAAACAAAACAACUGAACUGAACUCAGUCCCUUUCUACUGGACUGUCCUUGUGGGUAAGACCAUCCGAUACACAGGCUAUGGGGAGGGAUACACUGAGCUCGUGAUAAAAGGACAGUUUGAGGACAGGAAGUUCCUCGCAUUGUACAUUAAGGAUGAGGAGGUCAUAGCAGCAGCUGGCCUGAACUUUGAUCCAGCAGUGUCGGCAGUAGCUGAGAGACUCGCAACAGGAAAAGUCAUCACAAAAGACGAGGCCCAAUCAGACGACCUGAGCUGGCUGCAGCUGUCCUGAUAUUCAGCUCCUUACACUCGUCUGUCCAAUGUUCGUUCCUCCGUAUGUCUCUUCUUCAGCACGGCUCACAAAAAGGACCAGGGGGAGUUUGGAAAUGUGGAUUGAAACUUUUCAGUCGGAAGAGACAAACUUCACUUGCGGAGGGAAGGAGCACCAAACACAGUGAAAGCUGCAGUAACAGCUCAGCAUCUAAUACGGGCUGUGUGGAAGUGCAUACCAUGCAUUCAGUGCUCAUGUGAGGGGGAGUCCAAAUGUCAACAACAGAUACCUCAAAAAGAUGCAGCUUAUAGGUCUUCUUUUUUAAAUCUAAUUUUUUUGUC